GAAACUGAUGUCAUUUUGGCUCUGAAAUCGAAGGUUUAUAACGUCGCCCUAUAAUGUUUUCGAGCCGACAUGGCACCGUCAGUCCGGUAGUGUCAUUUGGACCUCUACAGCAGAACUGGGAAGGAUCUUUUGCAAGCCGCGCUUAAGCGACGCGUAUUAUAGAAACAAAGGAUGGUGAGGGUGGUGUUCCUUCACCCUGACCUGGGUAUCGGGGGGGCGGAACGGCUGGUGGUGGACGCCGCCGUGGCGUUGCGCUCCAAAGGCUGUGCUGUGCAGAUCUGGACCGCCCACUACGACCCCCAGCACUGCUUCUCCGAGACCCGUGACCCUGACCUCCCAGUGGUCUGCGCGGGCGACUGGCUGCCGACUAGUGUCUUUGGCUACUUCCACGCCCUGUGUGCUUACCUGCGCAUGGUCUACGUGGCCCUCUACCUCGUCUUCUUCAGCGGGGUGGAGUUUGAUGUUGUGUUCUGUGACCAGGUGUCGGCUUGCAUCCCUGUGCUAAGGCUGGCCCGCCAGAGGAAGAAGGUCCUGUUCUACUGCCACUUCCCUGACCAGCUGCUAACCCAGCGUCGCUCUGCCCUGAAGAGGCUCUAUCGGGCUCCCAUCGACUGGCUGGAGGAGCGCACCACUGGCAUGGCGGACUGCGUGGUGGUCAACAGCCGAUUCACCGCCGGGGUCUUCAGGCGCACCUUCAAGAGCCUGUCGGCCGUCCACACCGACGUCCUCUACCCCUCCCUCAACCCGGCGGCCUUCGACUCCGAGGUGGAGGACCUGGACGGCCUGGUCCCUGAGACGACGUGGAUGUUCCUCUCCAUAAACCGCUACGAGCGCAAGAAGAACCUGCCCCUGGCCUUGCGGGCCCUGGACGCGCUCCACAGGAGGCUGACCCCAGAGCAGUGGGGGAGGGUCCACCUGGUGAUGGCGGGCGGCUACGACGAUCGCGUGGCGGAGAACGUGGAGCACUACGCCGAGCUCAAAGAUCUGGCCUCCAGCCUGGCCCUGGGGGACAACAUCACCUUCCUGCGCUCCUUCUCAGACCGGCAGAAGACCUCCCUGCUCCACCACUGCACCUGCGUCCUCUACACGCCCAGCAACGAGCACUUUGGCAUUGUCCCGGUGGAGGCCAUGUACACGCGGUGCCCGGUCAUCGCCGUGAACUCCGGCGGCCCGCUGGAGUCCGUCGCCGACAAGGAGACGGGCUUCCUCUGCGAGCCCGAGGCGGAGAGCUUCGCCGGGGCCAUGGAGAAGUUCAUCAGGAACCCUCGGCUCCAGCAGGAGAUGGGCGAGGCCGGCAGGCAGAGGGUGCUGGAGAGGUUUUCCUUGGAGGCCUUUGCUAACCAGCUGCACAAGUACAUCCUAAGACUGACAGAGUAGCACUCCAUGUUCAAUAGACCCCAACCCUGGUCCUAGAGAGCCACAGGGUUUUCUGCUUUUCGUAGUUUCUCAACACUUAAUUGAUCAAAGAAAGCAGUUGAUUACUCAGAAGUUAUCUUCCCUGCUUUCUUGGAUCUGAAAUGGUUACUGAUUUUUAGGGUGAAAAUGAAAACCAGCAGACCCUGCGGCUCUCCGGGACUAGAGUGUGAGACCCGUGGCAAUACAGCACUCCAGAAGGGUGCCCGAGACACUGCUGAAGGUGCUUCAGCAGCAUUCCCUGGGAGCUGUUGCUCGGGAAAGACACACAAAGAAAUCUCCGACCCUUUAAAUGGGGGACUGUCAUUAACCGCAGAUAUGACGAGGGCUGGAACAGGACAAGAGAGAACAAUAGGGGUGGAGCUGUCAGCCUGGGAGAAUAUGUCUGACAGAGCUCGUAACGAGUUCGUCCACUGCUUGCAUUCAUCUACAGUUUUGGUACUGAGUUACAGCAGCCUCUGUGUCUCUUCUUCUCAUCACAGACCGUUAAGAAGUCCCUUAAAAAAAUUAUGCUGGAAAUCUUUUUUGCUCAGCCUAGUUUGAGCUUUGUUCAAUUGUAAUAAUGACAGAAAUAAAGGAUAGGACCAAAACUUUGGAGAGAAUAACUUCUUAUUUUUCUCUGUUUUAUUUAAACUUGUUAAACAAUGCAGUGACUCAAUGGGUUUACUCUCUCAGAGAUCUAAUUAUAUUCCAUAAUAAAAAAUUAUUUAAUGACUGUAA